UGAAAUGAAUAAAAAUGGGGGCAAAAGAGUCAAGAAUUGGGUUCCUGUCGUACGACGAGGCCAUUAAGAGAGUAACUGAUGUUGAGCUUAAAAGAUUGAGGGAUGCUUUCAGGAGGACUUGUGGUCUGUCGUACUAUAUGAGUCAGCAAUGUUUCUACAAGGAAGUGUUGGGGGACAUGGUCCCGCUCAAUAUCUCAGAGGUGAUAUACAGUUCAUUUGGUGGCACCCCAAAAGGCCUACAUUUUAACAACCUUAUAGUGGGCUUGGUGCUUCUCACAAGAGGACGAGAUGAAGAAAAAGCCAGAUAUAUUUUCAGUCUUUUUGCAAGUGAAUCAGGCAGCUAUGCUACACGUGAGGACAUUGAGACCAUGCUGCAGGCUGUGGAUGGAAAAGUUCACCCUUCACUUAGGAAAUGCUUUACUGAGGCAGAGAAGGUGAAUUAUGAGAAGUUUAAGAGCUGGCUUCUUCAAAACAAGGAUGCUUUUACCUUCUCCCGCUGGCUUCUCUCCAGUGGGGUGUGUGUGACCCUGACUGAUGACAGCGACACACCUACAUUCUACCAGACCCUCGCUGGAGUCACACACUUGGAAGAAUCAGACAUCAUUGAUCUGGAGAAGCGGUACUGGUUACUAAAAGCUCAGUCAAGAACUGGACGAUUUGACUUGGAGACAUUCGUCCCGCUGGUGUCCCCUCCUAUUCAUCCAUCUAUAAGUGAAGGUUUGUUCCAAGCUUUUGAUGAAAACAGAGACAAUCACAUUGAUUUCAAAGAGAUUUCCUGUGGGUUGUCCGCAUGCUGUCGAGGGCCUCUGGCUGAGAGACAGAAAUUUUGCUUUAAAGUGUUUGAUGUUGACCGUGAUGGAGUUCUUUGUCGGGAUGAAAUCCAUGAGAUGGUUGGUGCACUACUUGAGGUUUGGAGGGACAAUCGUACCGACUCCAUUCCUGAACUGGAGUCAACUGUGCCUGAUAUUGUUGAAGACAUUCUUAAAGUACAUGACACUACUAAGAGAGGCCAUUUGUCACUAGAAGACUAUCAAAUCUGGAGUGUUCAGAGUGCUCUUGCAGCAGAAUUCCUCAACCUCUUAUUUCAGGUAUGUCACAUUGUGCUUGGACUCCGGCCUGCCACUCCUGAAGAGGAAGGACAGAUCAUAAGGGGCUGGUUAGAGAGAGAGAGCCGGCAUGGCCUCCAACCUGGAGAUUACUGGUUCCUCAUCUCCAACCAGUGGUGGCAGCAGUGGAAGGACUACGUAAAAUAUGGCAACAAGGUGAUAGUGGUGGAUCAACCAGCGGUAUUUUCUGGAAGCAGAACUCCUACAUCACCAUCUGGUGUCGGACCGGUUGGUCAGGGUGAGGGCAUGGCCAGCUCACACUCUUCUCCUGAGGAGAAAUUCUCAGACAACAUCUCAAGUGCUUCUGAGGCAUCAGAAACCAUAAGUGGAAGUCUCCUCCACUCGAGCUCGACUGCCACAGAUAUCUGCUUCUCCCGACAAACCGAUUCCUCUGAGACAGACAGCCAGAGUUUUCCUGGUGCUGAUGGGAACGUGGCCGCUCUCAGGCCAGGUGCCAUAGACAACCAGCCACUGGUUACCUCUGACCCUCUCAAGGCUCCUACGUUAACAAUGGAAGGGUCGCUGCUGAGGCGCUCCCCGAGCCUAUAUCUGGGCCGGGACUUUGAGGUUGUACCUGAGCCAGUCUGGAGAGCGCUGUUUCACUGGUAUGGAGCAAACCUCAGCCUACCACGCCCGGUAAUCAGGUCCAGGGAAAUUAUGAAACCUGAGUUAGAACUUUUCCCCAGACAUCUGCUCUUCCUGAGGCAGCAGCCUCCUGCCCGCACACCUCAGUCCAACGGCUGGAUGAACAUCGGUAACAUGCCAUCCCCUAAUGCUCCUCUGAAGCGAGUGCUGGCCUAUACAGGCUGCUUUAGCCGAGUUGGCACUAUAAAAGACAUUCAUGACUACUUGUCCCAGAGGCUACGAAUAAAAGAUGAGGACAUGAGGCUGUGGCUGUACAUGAAUGAGAAUUAUCUGACCCUCCUUGAUGAUGAGGACCAUUCAUUGGAAGCUCUGAAGAUCCCUGAUGAGCAGUACAUGGUGAUUGAAGUGCGUAACAAAGACAUGAGCUGGCCUGAAGAGAUGUCAUUCUUGGCCAGCAACAACAGAAUGAAUAGAUAUAAAGUACCAACUGAGAAAGGAGCCACAGGACUGAGUAACCUUGGCAACACAUGCUUCAUGAACUCUAGCAUCCAGUGUGUGAGCAACACUAAACCACUAACUGACUACUUUACCACUGGAUUCCACCUUUACGAACUUAACAGGACUAAUCCUAUUGGAAUGAAGGGACACAUGGCUAAAUGUUACGGUGAUCUUAUUCAAGAACUGUGGAGUGGUGCUCAGAAAAGUAUUGCUCCACUGAAAUUAAGGUGGACUAUAGCAAAGUAUGCUCCACGUUUUGAUGGCUUUCAACAGCAGGAUUCUCAAGAACUGCUGGCCUUCCUCUUGGACGGCCUUCAUGAGGAUCUUAAUCGCGUUCAUGACAAGCCAUACGUGGAGUUAAAGGACAGUGAUGGAAGACCUGACUGGGAAGUUGCAUCUGAGGCCUGGGAGAAUCAUUUGAGAAGAAACCGCUCUAUCGUGGUGGACCUGUUCCAUGGUCAGCUCAGGUCUCAGGUCAAGUGCAAAACCUGUGGACACGUUAGUGCUCGCUUCGACCCAUUUAAUUUUCUUUCACUUCCUCUGCCCAUGGACAACUCCAUGCAUCUUGAGAUCAUAGUUAUAAAGCUCGAUGGCUCCACGCCGGUGCGGUACGGGCUCAGACUUAACGUGGAUGAGAAAUAUUCAGGGCUGAAAUGUCUGUUAAGUGAAUUGUGCCAACUGAAGCCAGAGCAGAUCCUCCUGGUGGAGAUCCAUUUGUCUUGUAUAAAGAAUUUUCCGUUAGAUAAUCAGAAAGUGCGACGGGCUGUAAAUAGUUUCUUGUGCGCAUUCGAAAUCCCACUGCCCACCACACCGUCAACGGACUUCUGUCCAAAGGAGACAGGCACUGAUGGUCUCCCAACUAUAGCAAAUGGAACCAGCCCAUCAGUCUCUUCUGGUACAUCCCUGAGGCUGGACAUAAUUCCUAAGGGCAUGCCAAAUACCAUAGUGCCCUGUAGCACAGAAGCCAGUCCUGCCAAUGGCCUCCUUAAUGGCCACAUCCUGACACCCGUUGCUGGUCCUUUUACGGGCUACAUUAUCGCCAUUCACCGGAAAAUGAUGCGUGCCGAAUUGUACUUCCUCUCAUCUCAGAAAAACCGACCCAGUCUGUUCGGCAUGCCACUAAUUGUUCCCUGCACGGCAGACACACGGGGCCGAGAUUUAUACAACACUGUGUGGACGCAGGUGUCACGACUGGCCAGUCCCCUUCCCCCUCAAGAGUCAAGCAACCAUGCACAGGACUGUGAUGACAGUCUGGGAUACCACUAUCCCUUCACCUUACGAGUUGUACAGGGAGAUGGAAACUCUUGUGCCUGGUGUCCGUGGUACAAGUUCUGCAGAGGCUGUACCAUAGAGUGUAAUGAUGACAGGGCAGCAUUAGGCAAUGUUUGCAUAGCUGUUGACUGGGAUCCUACUGCAUUGCACCUCCGCUAUCAAACAUCCCAAGAGAGGCUGGUGGAGGAGCAUGCGAGCGUGGAGCAGAGUCGGCGUGCUCAGGCUGAACCAAUCAGUCUGGACAGCUGUCUGAGGGCCUUCACCACAGAGGAGGAACUGGGUGAAAAUGAGCUGUACUACUGCUCCAAGUGCAAGACCCACCGCUUAGCCACCAAGAAACUGGACAUCUGGAGGCUCCCACCAAUAUUGAUUGUACAUUUAAAACGGUUCCAGUUUGUCAAUGGUCGCUGGAUUAAGUCUCAGAAAAUAGUACGCUUUCCCAGAGACAACUUUGACCCUAGUGCGUUUUUAACCCCGCGGGAGGUAGACCGCAGCCAGCAGGGAUGGAGAGCUGGUUCAGGAGAGGAACUGUCCGAACAGGAACUCGGGACAAACUCCGGAGCAGGAGAGACACCCUUAACCCCCACAACACUCAAUGUGAAUAAUUUAAAAGACUCCCCUGGCUCUGGAAGGCUGCUGUCGUCCUCCAUCAGCAGAGGCUGCAGUCCCAGCAGCAGCCCUAAAGGCGACGUGUGGAAGCAGCAGGGGCAGAAGCGGACAUUCCAGCUGGACUCCCAUCUACAGCUGUCUCUUAGCAAGGAGAGCCUGGACAGUGGCAGGGAAAGUCCUGUAGAGAUGGAGCCCGGCAGUACUAAACCUGAGAGCCAGAACGAACCCGAAGCCGCCGCCCUGGACUCGGCACUCGGAGAGGAAGCAGCCAGAGACUGUGACAAUGCUACCUCCAUCUCAGAACUGGAGAGCAACGGUUACACCGAGGACAGCAUAGACCUGGAGGCUUCCCAGGACCAAAGAGACAGGAUCUGUCUGGAGCCCAUCUAUGAUCUGUAUGCAAUAUCAUGUCACUCAGGGAUUCUUGGAGGAGGCCAUUAUGUCACAUAUGCCAAAAACCCCAAUGAGAAAUGGUACUGUUACAAUGACAGCAGCUGCAAGGAGGUGAACCCCGAGGAGAUCGACACCGAUUCAGCGUACAUCCUCUUUUACGAGCAGCAGGGAGUGGAUUACUCUCUGUUCAUGCCAAAGACUGAUGGGAAAAAGAUGACCGACACCAGUAGCAUGGAUGAAGAUUUUGAAACAGACUACAAGAAGUACUGUGUCAUUCAGUAACGUCAACAAAAAACAAGCACUCACCCGAUCCGCGCUCUCAGAUUGAGAAGAGUUUCCUUUACUUUAAGUUGAGCUGUGGUACUGUCGAGUUAUUUCAGUCUUUUAGUGUCUGCCAAAUUACGGAAGCGGCUGUACUUCUGGCAGUUUUCGUCAUUCGUUUUUUGAUUUCUUUGUGUUCUUUGUGAUUUUUAUGUACAGAUUAAAUUAGUAAGUGCCGGUCACAUACUGUACGAACCAUAUGUGACAAGGAA